CAGUGAGCGAGCGAGCAGCCAGCGCGCGCGCGGACAUCAUCAUCUGCACAUCCAAUGGAGCCGUGCGGACUCUCAUCAAACCCCAGGGCUUUCAUCACAUGCAUCAUCACUCAUAUGACCUGUAGGGAUGGACGACGAUCUGGUGUGUGAAUAUGACUCCACCUGGGACACGGAGAGCGACGGGGACGAGCUGGAAAACACCGGCCGCAGCAAGAAAACACGGCCCGCAUUCUGGUCCAACUCCUCCUCCAGAAACCUCAGAGCCGCCAAGGACAUGCAGAACUACAGACACGGAUAUCCAAAUAUCAAUGAAGAGGAAUGCCCAGAAGAACGAAUGACCAAUUUAAAGUUCUACCUAAAUGAGAUUAAGUCUUCGCCUGAUGAUGUGUCGAUCGAGGCGUUUCACACCGAGUGGAGGACGGAUUACAAGAGACUGGAGAGAGUUCAUUCCUACAUUCAGUGGCUGUUUCCUCUGCGGGAGCCCGGCGUGAACUACAUGGCAGCAGAGCUCACCAAGAAAGAGAUCCAGGCGUUCAGGGAGAGCGAGGAAGCUAAGAGCCGUCUCCUGGAUUCCUACGAGCUCAUGCUUGGCUUCUACGGGCUGCAGCUGCUCAACAGAGACACGGGCGAGGUGAAGCGCGCCGACAACUGGAGGGAACGCUUCGCCAAUCUCGAGAGAAACAUGCACAACAAUCUGCGGAUCACCCGGAUCCUGAAGAGCCUGGGCGAGCUGGGCUUCGAGCAUUUCCAGGCCCCUCUGGUGCGCUUUUUCCUCGAGGAGACGCUGGUCAGGAAGACCCUCAGCGGCGUGAAGCGCAGUGUGCUCGACUACUUCCUGUUCGCCGUGCGGGACAAGCGUGAGCGCAGGAAGCUGGUCCGCUUCGCCUUUCAGCACUUUGAGCCCAAAGACAAGUUCGUGUGGUGCCCCAGGAAAAUCCAGAAACGCUUCAAGAAGAAGUCCGAGAAGCGGCAGAACUCUUUAGCUGGCGGCGGAGAGAGCGGCGCCACCGACGAAGGCCACUCACGGGCCAAACACAGGGAUGGAGAAGACGCCAGCAAGCCAGUCGGAGACGUCACCGACGCGAAGAAGCAAGGCGACAGCGAGGGCUCACCAGAAGACCAUGAGCCCGCUCUAGAUGCCCCAUCACCGCUCGCCUCCGACACCGGUGCGAACAACGGAGAGACUGUUCGUCUGGAGCCAAGCACUGGAGGAGGAACGCCUCCUGAAGUCACUGCGGAGAGAGCAGAAGAGGUCUCAAACACGCCGUGGGAGUGUGUCGCCGGAUCCACUGCGGGCUCGAGCGACUGCGACGAGAUGGACAGUCCAGCUGACUCGCAGAAGGAGCUGGAGGAAGGGCCGAGUCCGGACAGGACGGUGGCCGACAGCCCUCCACACCGCUCCCCGACCCCGCCGGAGAAGGACCGGAGAGAGCCGAGCGGCGCAGCCGGAGACCGCCGGAAGAAUGCAGUGAACGGCGACCCGUCGAGUGGAUCGGAGAAGGAAGAGCCCAUGGAUAUUGUGGACGUGACUUCAUGAUGAGAACGCACUGAAAAUGGACACUUUAUAAACUCACUGUAAGAUGAGAUGAUUUGUUGUUUUCUAAAGGGGGGUUAUGUUGACUCAGCUACACCUGUCUUCUUACAGCUGGCUUAUUGUUGCUUGAACUUUGACUUGUCCAUGAUUUCAGAUUAAUUUUUUUUCCCCAAGAUUUGUUUUUUUACUGAAACUGUGAAAGAAGAAUGUCAUUUUUACAUUCAACUAAUAAACAACUAUUGAUAAAUAUUUCCAUGGUGAAUACAUUUGGUUGGGACGCAGGUAUGCUGUAUUUCUGCUGGUGUUUGGUUGAUUACUCUGGACUGCUUCCCGAAAGCACCGUUGAUUCUAGAAACCACUGAUGGCAGUUGUUCUACGACCAGUUUAGGCUUGUGGGAAACGCGGCCGUGAACUCUAACGAAGGGACUUGUGCUUUAUUAAGCUAAUGAAAAUGCCCAAGAUCAAACAUGUUUGUUUUACAUCUGCAGUGAUGUAAAAUAGACUCAUUAAUUACUAAAUAAUCAGACUUUGUAUAGAUCAGUUCCUUGGAGAUUCUGUGUAUGUUCAGCACAUGCAUUAACUCCCAACGUGACCUUAAAUGAACCCUACAUGAAAUAUUCUAGAAUUAAUAAUGUUACUACUGUUCAUAUAUUGCUCUUUUGAUUUAUCCUGUUUUCUGCACACAUGAUUAUAUGCUUUUUUAGAGUAAUAAUUAAAGUGUACUUUCAUUUGGCUUC